CUCGCGAUAAUUAAUUUUUUGAAUGUGAAUUUAGAAAAAUCGAAAGAGUCCUCUUCCUCGCGGAAACCAUUAUAUGAAUCUGAAGAGUGGCGCGUAACUCAUAAAAAUAGAAACAUACAGCGAAUAAACCUUUACCUUUAUAGCUCUAAUUAUCGAAGAAUUCUUUCACGGAUAUACAAGAGUAGAGUCUUUAAAAUCACGAAAAUAUACGAGCGUGAGAAGAAAACACAUCGCGCGAAACUCUCAAAGCCGCUCUAAAUCCGAGAAAGUCAACCUCCUUUCGCGUUGGUGUUUCGACAAUUCUGGGCGAACCAGAAUGCGGGCGGUGCCGUGUGUGCUUCGUUAAACUGACAGUAAUCGUCAACCGCGUGUCACAAACUCGUACGUGCUAAAGCGAAUGUUCGCAAAUUAGAUUCCGGCGAUGCACUUACGAUGACGUCGUUUCGUGAUUUGAGCACUCGAGCAUCAAUGCACAUGUGAAAAUUGGACUCGUCUUUCACAAGCACGAUAUUGCAUUACGACAGGAAGAAAAUCGCGAUAAAUAAAAAUUGGAUAAAAUCAUUUCUCCAAAAAGAUAGUUCCCGCACAUAUUGCAUGGAAAGAAAAUCAGAAGAACAAUUAUUGCUCAUCCAUGUAAUAGUAUGAUGGUCGUUAUUAAAGCAUUUGGGCAUUGAUAGGUUUGUCGAUUCGUUUGAAUAUUCUACGAGAGGAGUAUCGAUAUAGAAAGAUAUCCUUGCAAAAGAGCGUUAUCGAGGACUUGUCUGGAAAGAACAUUCGAUCGAGAAGUUUGCGCGCGUGGUCGCGUUCGCGAAGAGUUAUCACUGGAAAAAAACGAUAAUCGACCGAUAGUCGACGAUUGUCGCCGCGGGGCAAAUGGCAAACCUUAUCGGAGUCAUGUGAUAUAUCGCGCGACGAGACGAACGAGUGGCACGAUUGGCUAUGAGAGAAUGACGGUGACGUGUAUGUCGUUUACGGAUGUUGUUCAGUGCCGGGAUGCUGUAGUGAGUAACUGUCAGUAAAAGCGACGCGAGUGCGGCACAACGAGAUCGUUUUCGUCGUCAUCGUCGUCGUCGUUAUUCGCCGGAGAGAGUGAGAACAGAGGCCGACAUCACUCGGAGAAACAUCCAGCAUGAAGGAUCAUCGAGAAGGAUGGCUGCGCGCCGUGCUGCUGAUAACGUUUCUCUCGCAUCAGACGGAAUGCGCGGCCAAGAACGGGAGAGCGGUGGUGGAGCACCAUCCGUCCUCUUACUGGGAGCAACCCUUUAGUCAACCUUACUUCGACAACACGACAAAGAGGGAGACCACAACCACCGUCGGGCAAUCCGCUUACCUACACUGUAGGGUGCGCAAUCUUGGCGAUCGCGCGGUCUCAUGGAUCAGGCAGCGGGAUUUACAUAUCCUUACUGUCGGCAUUCUAACGUACACAAACGACCAACGUUUUCAAUCGUUACAUAGCGAUGGUAGCGACGAGUGGACUCUGAAGAUCAGUUCGCCGCAAGUGCGAGAUAGCGGGAUCUAUGAGUGUCAAGUUUCGACAGAGCCCAAGAUUAGUCAAGCUUUUAACUUGAGCGUAGUAGUCUCGAAGGCAAAGAUCAACGGCAAUUCAGAGCUCUACAUCAAAAGCGGGAGCGACAUCAAUCUGACCUGCAUCGUACUGCAAACGCCGGAACCACCAUCCUUCAUCUAUUGGUACAAGGGCGACAAUGUGAUAAAUUACAGUCAACGCGGAGGCAUUAGUGUCGUGACCGAGAAACAAACACGAACGUCACGUCUUCUGAUCAGCAAAGCGUUGCCAGCCGAUUCCGGCAAUUACACCUGUGCGCCAUCCACAGCCGAGUCAGCCAGCGUCCUCGUCCACGUGCUCAAUGGUGGGGGAGCAUCCGGCGGCCAUGCAACACGGGAACUCCAGCAACAGCGGCGCGGCCACGAGGACACUCGCGUUACUCCUGUUGCUCCUGCACGCUGGCUCCUUCGCGAGGUGACUGGUCGAUCACGAGGCGCUGCAGUAAGAGAGUACGGCCGAUAUAGUUUCACCCAGGCGAGAUUGAGGGAACGACUACGAGGGUGGUGUGAGGUUAGUGAGAGCAGAAGGGGAGGGACGCACCAUCCGCGCGCUCACCACCUGCUGGACUCUGUAUAAAUCGGCUCGAUCUUCUUUCCGCAUUACGAUCGCUGGAGUAGCAAAGUGCGCGAAGGGAGGCGAACGAGGAAGAUGAUGAUGCGCGGGGACUAAUGGUAAAACGCGCGUAAACAGUUUGUCAACUUUGCUCUCGCUUUCGAGUGCACGAGUCCAGUCGGUUCUGUCCGUGGUUUCCUCAAGCAAUCUCCGUGUCCCGUGCAAUCGCGCGUAUUCGUAUACUUAUGCGAUGAGGUACAUGCUGCAACGAUCGCACGAUCGGACUUUCUGUCGACUGCAAAGCGGUUAUCGAAAACGACAACUCGACGAUGAAUUCGCGAAGAUGCGGCGAACUUACGACGAACGAACUUUUGCGUGAACGAUCGAACUUGGAGAGUAGCGAGUGUUCGAAGGACCAACGAACCGAGUGAUGCGUUUCGACAAGAGCGAAUGAUUUCUCUUACGUCGACAUUUGCGACGACGGGAUUAGCAUUUCUAUCCCUCCGCGCGUAGAUUAUAUAUGAAGAUCUAUCGAACACAGCUGACUGUCAUAGAUUCACAGAGGUAAGAAUCAACGUAUUUUCGUCCUCCGGACCGUCAGACCGACCAGCGACCCAGAUAGUUUGGCAAAACCACCGUAGGGAAUUCCACUCAAUUUCUGGUCGCUGGAUGCGGUAUCGCUUCUUCCUCGAGGAGGACAAAUAUUUUGAGGUUCGUCGGACUUAUCCAUGCUCGCGAAAACUUCCGGGAUAUAUAUACGCGCUGCGUCAUACGAAUGUCUCAUAAAACGCCGGAUGUGCACUCUGACAUGCUGAAACUUUGCGUCGACGGCUCGGAUGCAAUUUCUUUACAAUUGUUUGCGAAUCAUCUUUUGUGUAUGUUACAAUUUUGUAACAAUACAAGAUUAUUUUCGCUACUAAAAUAUUGAGAUGCUAUAUCAAAAAUUCGUAUUUUAAUUUUGACGAAUCGUAUUUUUUCAAAAUACACAAUUAUUACU